AGAAGAAGCUGAUUGCGUCAUAGAGAGGCGCCGCUGGUGGUGUUUUAAUGUUGUUCGGCGGAAAGGCUAACAGUUUUUAAUAACAAUUUGAUCGUUACCCUGGUGCUCAAACAUGGGGAAGUCUUUUGCUAAUUUCAUGUGCAAGAAAGAUUUUCAUCCUGCGUCAAAAUCCAACAUAAAGAAGGUAUGGAUCGCAGAGCAGAAACUGACCUUCGACAAGAAGAAGCAGGAGGAACUGAUGCAGGCUUACGUCAAGGAGCAGGACACCUACAACAACAGACUGCUGAUGGGAGAUGAUCGCGUGAAGAAUGGCCUUAAUUUCAUGUAUGAAGCACCUCCGGGAGCGUCUAAAGUUGAUACUGAGGAGGAAGGAGAAUCUGAGUACAAGUUUGAAUGGCAGAAAGGAGCUCCUCGUGAAAAGUAUGCAAAGGAUGACAUGAAUAUUCGGGAUCAGCCUUUCGGCAUUCAGGUGCGGAAUGUGCGGUGCAUUAAGUGUCAUAAAUGGGGUCACGUGAACACGGAUCGUGAGUGUCCCCUCUUUGGCCUGUCAGGGAUCAACGCCAGCUCUAUGGCCAGUGAAGAAGCAGGUCCGUCAAUGCACCCCUCCGAGUUAAUGGCAGAGAUGCGAAACAGUGGGUUUGCGCUGAAGAAAUGUGUCCUUGGGAGGGACAGCACCAUGAGUGAUCCAGCACAGGAGCUUGUGGCCAGUGAGGAAGAGGACGACCCUGAGGUGCAGUUCCUGAAGUCUCUGACUACCAAACAAAAGCAGAAACUGCUUAGAAAACUUGACCGUCUUGAAAAGAAAAAGGAGAAGAAGAAAAAGAGUAAAAAGGAGAAAAAGAAGAGCAAAAAGAAGCAGAAAAAGAAACAAGCCAAGAGUGAGAGUUCAUCCAGCAGCUCAUCAGACAGCAGCAGCAGCGACUCUGAGGAUGAGAAACAGUCCGGAAAGAAAGCCAAGAAGAAGAGCAAGAGAAGGAGGGACUCGUCCAGUGACAGCAGCUCUGAGAGAGAGCGGGAGAAGGACUCCAAACACACACAUUCACAACACACUGAGCACAGAGUUCAGAGGUCACCGGACAACAAGCACAGCAGAGAGAGAGGUAGAGAUAGACACGGAAGCAAGGAGAGGAGAAGAGAGCAAAGCAGGAGCCCUCAGCGACGGAGAGAUGAGAGAGAGAGAGGUAAGGAGAGAUACAGGAGCACGAGCAGGGAGAGAGCGAGAGAGAGAGACAGGAGCGGAGAACGAGACAAGGGCAAGAGGGAAAGAGAAAGAAACUCUGAUAGAAAUGUCAGGAGGAGGAGUGUCAGUCGGGAACGAGGGAGGGGCGGUGAAAAACGCAGCAGAAGUGAUAGCAGAGAUGCAGAGAAGAGGACAGAGCACAGCAGAGGGAAGUAGCUGGAAGCUGAUGGUCUCUGUCUUACCUCUGAUUAAAGGAAUAAUUCAAUUUCUCACCCUCAUGUUGUUCCAAACCCUAACCACUGUGAGGUGUUUUUUUUUUUUUUUAAUAAUAAACUUAAUAGAGACUGUGGCCGUCAAGCUCCAAAAUGACAAAGCGGCUCCUUAAAAUGAGUCUUUGUGCUUCUUGUCUUGUAUUACACGUCUUCUAGAGUCAAAUCAAACAAAUUAAAAUUCAAGUCAUUAUUCAGUAAAUUCUCCCCUUUCUUUAGAACAUCUAUUGGUCACCUGAGAUCCACUGACAUUUGAUCAUAAUUGGUACUGAGAGCAGGAAAGGGAAAUAUUUUCAGUGAAUGUUAACUUCAAAGGUGUUCUGUUUGUCAAAUAAUGUUAUAUUCAUAAGACUCACAAUAUAGAAGUGUUUUUUUUUUUCCUUCAUUUUGGAGCUUCAUAGAUGUCACAACUGCUGUUGUGUGGAAAUAUUAGCUAAUGUAUAUAUAUUUUUAACAUUUCCUUUCCUAAAUUCAUAAGGGUUUGGACCGACGUGAUGAUGGUAAAUGAUGAGAGAAUCUGAGAAUUUUCGGUAAAUGACUUGUUUUGGGUGGCUUUCCCAUUUGUUCCGCAUUUACAGCCAGCUCUGAGGAUUUCUCCAGGAGAGGGCGCUCUGAGAAUGAGGAAACUGAACCUGAUAUAGCCCACAAUUACAGUGAUCUUUGACUCAAGCCUUCAUUUUUUUUCAAUAUUUGCUGUAGUCCUGGUUCCCUUUUCUUUUAACGUUUAGCCCAUCCAAAAUGUAACGUUUGUUUGACUCUUUGAGUCUUUUUACAAGAGGGUAUAAAUUCUACACAUAAUAGCUUCGGUGAUUUAUUUUGCAGCCUGUUCAAGUUCAUUUAACUAUGCUUUUUUUUAAGCUGCUUCUUCCUCACCUUAAAUGUGUAUACUCAUUGUAAUAUGUAAAAUAAAUUUAUAAUGAAUGGGA